AUGGCACGAUUCGGAGGCCUUCGAGGCUCCAAACUUCACCUGGCUGUGUGGGCGGAGGCCUGGUUUGGUAUCAUGAUCUUUGGCUUCAAUCAAACUUCGGCUGGAGGUGUGCUCGCCGACGUUACCUUCAAUAAACAAUUCCCGCGAAUGGAUACCUUGACGACAUCGGGAUCUUUACAGGCAUACAAUGCGAAGAUCCAAGGUACCGUCGUCGCUAUGUAUACUCUCUUCGGCGUGUUCGGAGCUUUGGGCUGUACCUUUCUCGGAGACAAAUUAGGUCGACGGAAGACCAUCUUUAUUGCUAGUAUUGUUCAAGCCAUUGGGGCGAUUCUGCAAGCCUCUUCCUUUGCUUUUGCACAGUUCAUUAUUGGCCGCAUCUUCCUGGGGCUCGGAACCGCGGGAAUGGUUGCUACUAUAUCCGUCUGGCAGUCUGAAGUUUCGAAGGCUGAAAACCGCGGUGAACAUGUCUCUGCUUUUGGAAUUUUCUGUUCAUCUGGUAUGGUGGUGGCUCUAUUCCUUGCAUUUGGAAUGGGCUACACGCAGCCAAAUUCGGUGUCCUGGCGUUUCCCCCUCAUUUUCACUGUGCUACCGUCAAUCCUGGUCUGUUGCGGUAUCUUUAAUCUACCAGAGAGUCCGCGAUGGCUAAGCAAGCAGGGUCGUUGGGAAGAAACACGAGAGAUCCUUGGGCUUCUAUACGACGACGACUCACACGGAGAGGCUGUGAACAAAGAGGUCCAGGAUAUUCAAAUAUCCCUUGAACGUGCUAGCAAAGGCAAAGGCAGCCUUGGCGCCAUGUUCAAGAUGGGACCGCAGCGGACAUUCCACCGGGUGAUCAUCGCGGCAGUUGCCCAGAUUAUGCUUCAAAUGAGCGGUAUCAAUGCGAUUGUCUACUAUGCCCCGUCUAUUUAUGAGAAUGAGCUACACUUUAGCGGGAAGAUAUCUAGUGUUCUAGCGGCUUCAUCCCAGUUUGCCCUAGUCAUCGGGUCCUUUUGCUGCGCCUAUACGGUCGACAGAUUUGGCCGACGCAAGCUAAUGCUAUUUAGUGCUUCUGCGAUGAGCAUUUGCUUCGCCUGUAUUGCCGGCCUUACUUCAAACCCAGAUAACAAACCCGCUCUGAAAGCCGCCGUCUUCUUCACUUUCCUAUACUGCUUUGUCUAUGUUCUGGGAUUCCUAGGUAUUCCAUUCCUCUACGCCAGCGAAGUGGCGCCCACGCACUUGCGGGCUUCUGUGUGUGGAUUAUCCACCGCUAUCUCUUGGCUAUUCAAUUUCCUCGUCGCCGAAGUGACCCCAACCGCCUUUACCAAUCUUGGCUGGAAGUACUUCCUAGUCUUCUUCUGCCUGAAUGCCGCAUUCGUGCCAAUUAUCUAUUUCUUCUUUCCCGAAACGUCACAACGAUCACUAGAAGAGAUUGAUCAAAUAUUCGAAUCUUCGACAUCUAUCUUCGAUUCGGUUUCGGUGGCUAAGAAAUUACCUAAGCGUCAUCUCGCCGAAUAUCUGCAAGAGGAAAAGGGGGCUGAUGUUGCUGUCGCCGAAGCCUCUCACAUAGAUGAGGUAGCAUAG